GUAAUAAUAGAGACACAGAGAUCAUGCCUGAAACUUAUCACUAAGUGUCAGAAAAAUUCAGAAUAGCUCAAGAAAUAAUAAUAAUAAUAAUAUCAUAUUUUAAAAAUCGUAUCGAAACCAGCAUUAGAUUUAGGUAUUAACUUUAAUAAUAAAGAUAAAUAUGUGAAGCCAUAGGUGAGGAGCUGAGAGAGAGUUGCCCCUCUCCCACAGGGAAAACAACGUCUUUUCCUGCCGGAGUUCAUUCUAUCUCUCAUAGCUUCAUCUGAGCAGUAGUUCACAGCUGGACACCAACUCAAGAUGACUCGUUCGGGCUGCACAUGGUGCUGCUGGAACUGGAGGAUGUGGAGAAACAGAUCCGUGACCUACUCAUCAAGCAGGCCCAGCUGCUGGAGCGAAGAACAGCGCUGGAAACACCCUUGUGCUUCUGCCUACACAUCCAGGGUAAGCACACAGCGUGGUAUUACCACUCCCAGCCCCUCUAUGCCGUGUGUUUCUCUGUGCAGGGACCGUGCACCCAAGACUUUUCCAGCUGAGGUCUUCGUCACACCGCCGACACACCACGGACCUUGGGUGCACCAGCAGCGAAAGGCCAGAGCCAUACGCCGGGAGAAGACCUCUCCACCUCCAUUGUUUGACAUCCCAACCAGGAACUGCUUCGCCCACGAGGCAGAUCACCCACCACGAAGAUCAUCGUCUCUGGACCUCUUCCCACUUACAGACGUGGAGCUGAAAACUGGAAUCUGUUCUGGGAGCGUCCUAGCUUGUUUCAUCCUGAUGGCCUGCACCCCAGCAGCCUCGGAGCGGAACUGCUGUCAGACAACAUCUCCAAGGCGCUACACACCAAGUGACUGCCUACUUUCUAGUUUCCAAAUGGCUACUACACUCUAUGUUGGCGAUCUUCACCCCGAUGUGACCGAGUCCAUGCUCCUGGAGAAAUUCAGCUCUGUCGGGCAAGUUCGUAAUCUCCGCCUCUGCUUGAACAACGGCACAUCACUCCAAUACGCUUUUAUCAACUUUCAGCAUCGAGCCGAUGCUGAGCGCGCUUUGGAGCUGCUCAAUUUCAACAUCCUUUUGGGUCAGACCAUGCGCAUCAUGUGGUCCCAGAGUGAUUCAUCCCUCAGAAACAGCAACAAGGGAAAUAUCUUUAUCAAGGGCCUGGAGAAGUCCAUCGACAGCAUGGCCCUUUACGACACCUUCUCCACCUUCGGCAACAUCCUCUCAUGCAAGGUGGUGUGCGAUGAAAAUGGGUCCAAGGGAUACGGAUAUGUGCAAUUUGAGAGUGCCGAGGCUGCCGAGGCUGCCAUCAAGAGGCUGAAUGCCAUGCUCUUUAAUGACCACUACGUGUUUAUCACACACUUCAAGUCCCGCCAGGAGCGCCAAGAGCAGAAGAAGAAAGAGAGACAUCCUAAACCUCAACACAAGUUUGAGCAGUGUGUGAACCUGUGUCUGAGGAAUCUGGAUGUCUCUGUGGAUGACGAGCGUCUACAUAAAGAGUUCUCACCUUUUGGAACCAUCAUCCACGCAAAGGUCAUGAAGACCAAUGGCUACACUGGAGGGUUUGGGUUUGUGCGCUUCUCCUCUCCGGAGGAAGCCACAAAGGCCAUGAGCGAGAUGCAGGGAAGGAUGCUCGACAGAAGGGCGCUGCACAUCCGUCCAAUUCAACGUAAAGAGGAGAGACAGGCUUCUCUCUCCAGUCAGGGGACACAGGCUGCCCAAAAGCCUGUAGUAAACCACCAUCAAUCUGCACCCCCUAUGACAAAAUCAUGGAUGCUAUUACUCAGGCUCAGAACUCCACUGACAAUAGCACAAGCAUCCAUCAAGUCAAGCCUCAUCCAAGUACACACAGGGCUAUGCAGGACUUCCAGCUGCAGAGUCUCCAGAACAGGCCAAUCAGGUGGUAGAUAUGGCUAAAAACAACCAAGCUACAGUCACGGACGCUGUUCCAGCUGUAGUUCCUACUGCAGCUGUUCCGGCUGCAGUUCCUACUGCAGUUAAAGCUGUACCACCUACAAUACCGACUGCGAGUAUAAAAGCUUCUGGAUUUUGCUGCAAGUCUCCAGAAGAACCAUGGCUGGUUUUGCAAGAUGCUCAAUAAAACUUACCAGCUAAUUUCCUUAUAAAACUGCACAAAUUGUACCAGAGGCUACUAUUUUUAUUUUUUUUUUUUUUUAAAUUGUCACACCAAAUAUUGACUUUGUUUCAUUUACUACUGUUUACUGUUCUUUAGUGUAUAUUUUUUUUAUGUAGAAACCUUUUAAUUUCAUUAUUUUGAAGGCAUCCUUGCUCUACAACAUUUCUUUGCAUGUGCAUAAAACUUUUGCAUAGUAUUAUACAUAUGUAAAUAAAUAUAUAUAGAUACA